AUGGCGGUCUCAUUCCUCCUCCUCCUCCUCCCCCUCCUCCGGGGGCCUCCGCAGGCUGCUGCAGACAACAUCCAGGCCCUCUAUGUGGCCUUGGGGGAAGCAGUGGAACUGCCGUGUCCCUCGCCGCCCACCCUGAACGGGGACGAGAACUUGUCCUGGCUGCGCAGCCUCGCCUCAGGCUCCUCCACCGCCCUGGUGGCCCGAACCCCAGUGGCCGGGCCAGCCCCAGGCCCUGGGAGGCCCGGAAGGGAAUCCAGCCUCAAACUGCUGGGGAACUACUCUCUGUGGCUGGAAGGGGCCAAGGAGGGAGACGCCGGGCGGUACUGGUGCACGGUGCUGGGUCAGCACCACAGAUACCAGAACUGGAGGGUGUAUGAUGUCUUCGUGCUCAAAGGAUCCCAGUUAUCUGCAAAGGCUGCAGAUGGAGCCGCCUGCUCUGUCCUUCUGUGCACUGUGGUCCCCGCCAGGCGCCUGGACUCUGUGGCCUGGCUGGAGGGGAAGGGUCCCGUGAGGGGCCAUGUGCAGGCCUUCUGGGGCGAGGGGGCUGCUCUGCUCUUGGUGUGUCCUGGGGAGGGGCUUCCUGAGGCCAGGGCCCGCAGACCAAGGCUCGUCCGCUGCGUCGUGCCUCAGCACAAGGGGCUCAGCUUCAGCCUGGCAGCCCCCACGGAUGCCUCCCCUGCCCUCUGUGCCCCUUCCGAGGGCUGGGACGUGCGCUGGCUCCUGACGCUGCUGUUCGCCGCGGGCCAGGCCUGCGCCAUCCUGGUCCUCAGCAUCGCGCUCUGGAGGCGGCGGGCCCAGGGGGCUCCGUGCAGAGAGGCCUCGGUUCCUCAGUUCAAACCUGAAAUCCAGGUCUAUGAGAACAUCCACCUGGCCCGUCUGAGCCCGCCUGCCCCCAAGGCCAGAUGA